GCCAUGGCGGCGGCCUCGGGCUCGGUGUGGUGCUGCCUCCGCUGGGCCUGCUGCGGGGAAGGCGGCGGGGGCCACAUCCCGCUCAAGGAGAUGCUGGCCGUGCAGCUGGACACGCAGCGGAUGGGAACGGAUGUGGUCAUCGUCAAAAACGGACGAAGAGUUUGCGGGACGGGAGGCUGCUUAGCCAAUGCCCCUCUGCAUCAAAACAAGAGCUAUUUUGAGUUUAAAAUCCAAUCAACAGGAAUCUGGGGUGUUGGUGUUGCGACUCAGAAAGUCAACUUGAAUCAGAUUCCUCUUGGGCGUGAUAUGAAUAGUCUAGUUCUGAGAAAUGAUGGAGCUCUUUACUACAACAAUGAAGAAAAGAACAGGUUGCCGGCAAACAGCCUUCCACAGGAGGGUGAUGUAGUGGGUAUUACAUAUGACCAUGUAGAACUAAAUGUUUACCUAAAUGGGAAAAAUAUGCACUGUCCAGCCUCAGGAAUCAGAGGAACAGUCUUCCCUGUGGUAUAUGUGGAUGACAGCGCUAUUUUGGAUUGCCAAUUCAGUGACUUUUAUCACACGCCUCCGACAGGGUUUGAAAAAAUCCUCUUUGAACAACAGAUUUUCUGAAGGUUCCCGUUCGGUGCCC